UGAAGUCCUGUACCCAAAAUGACAAUGAAAUAAAGUUCUGGGUGGCCAGUGCAAAAUUCCUCCGACGUUUGUCGUUCCCGCCGUCUUCCUCCUCCUCCUCCUCCUUUCCCAAUCCCUGCCGCUAUGCAAGCUCUCACCGGAUCUCUUCAAUGGAACUACCGGCGUCAAGUUCCGGCGAAACCUCUCGGCCUCCUUCAACGGCCAGUUCCGAGGAGCCUCUUACCCGCCACACUCUCGCGUCUUUCCGGUCUGUCAUCAUAAACCCCUCCACUCCCGCCUCGUUGAUAUCCUCGACCCUCGAAACCCUAACCGGGCACCUCCAGCUCAGUCGCGACCCCCUCCUCCUCCACCACACUCUGAAGCUCCUAACCGAGCUCGCUCACCGAGACGGCGGCCACUCUGCUGUCAUAUCCAAGUCGGUUAGUAGAUUCCUGCUCUCUACUGAGUCGACUCGCCUCGCCACCGAGUCACUCGACACACUCGCCUCCAUAUCGGAGAAUGACCGGAACUUUGACGACAGCUUCUUUGUAUCCCUCUGCUUCGACGUGCCCGCUCCUUCGCGGGCGUGGCUUCUCAGAAAUGCUGGAAGGUUUGGCAUUAGGACAUACCUGCUGUUCACUGUUUUCUUGGGGUUCACGAAGGAUCCGUAUCCUUAUGUGAGGCAAGCUGCUUUGGAUGGAUUGAUGAGUUUGAGCAAGUCUGGUGCUAUCGAGGAUAGCAGCCUCAUCCAAGGCUGCUACUGCCGUGCUGUCGAGCUGUUAGGUGAUACGGAGGCCUGUGUUAGGACUGCUGCCGUUCACACGGUGAGUGAGUGGGGGCAAAUGCUGGUAGCAUCUAGUUGUGGUUCUGAUAGACUGAAGCAGUCAGAUGCAGUAUUUAUUAAGCUAUCUUCAAUGGUUAGAGACAUGAGUGUGGAGGUCAGAGUUGCAGCUUUUGAUGCACUUGGGAAGAUAGAAAUGGUAUCUGUGGAUGUUCUGUUACAAACACUAUCUAAGAAGGUCUUAGGUAUUAGGAAAGUGAAUUAUCGUAGUCAAGGGUCCACGGGAGAGAUUGAAGCAUUGGUAUCAACUUCUGCUGGAGCUUUGGUGCAUGGGCUUGAGGAUGAAUUUUAUGAGGUUCGGAAAUCUGCUUGCUACUCCAUGCAGAAGUUUACUGCCCUAUCUUCUGAAUUUGCUGGUGAAGCAAUAAACUUGUUGACAGAUAUGCUGAAUGAUGAUGCUGUGGCUGUUCGGUUGCAAGCGCUGGAAACAAUGCGUGAGAUGGCAAAUUGUGGUCAUCUGUCUCUAAAGGUUGCAAACAUGCACAUGUUUCUCAGCUCCCUAACUGACAAUAAUUCAUUGGUUAGAGAUGCUGUGAGGAAAGUGCUUAAGUCAGUGAAGUUGCCAAAUCUGGAGAUAUUCACAUUAUCUGUUUAUGGACUUAUAGAAAACCUGCAGAGAUAUCAUCAGGAUGAAGCCAAGAUUUUUGCAGUGUUGUUUGAAAUGGGUCGACGUCAUGGGAGCUUCACAGUGUCUCUUAUCAAUAAGGUUUUUCAAGAGAUAGAGCCUUCUUCUGAUGGUAAAUUCGGCUUUGAUAGUGCCCGAGUAGCUGCUUUCCUCGUACUUUCCAUAUCAGCUCCAUUAUGCAAUCGGAAGAGUCACAGCAAGAAUCCAGCAGCAGUAUUCUCCUAUGCUGUUACUAUCUUGGGGAGAAUUUCUUGUGCUCUAGCUGAUGAAGUAGACCAAAGUACCCUUAUGGCUUACUUGUCUCAUUGCAGUAAAUGCUCAACCAAUUCUGUGGCCGACUAUAAGGAGGUACCAACUCCAGCAACAUGUGACAAACUGAGCUUAACUGAUGGUGAGAAGAAUGAUUCCAACAGAUUUUCUCCUGUGCAGAUGGGCUCUGAGAUCUCAGAUAUUUAUGCCCAGAAAUUGGAGCGCGGUAACUUACCAUCCACACUUGCAAAGCUGCAGCAUGAGACAGAUGAUCAAUUACUCAAGUCCAUGAAUAUUAUCCUUGCUAAGAUCAAAGACAUCUGGUCUUUGGUAAAAUUGGGAUUCCUGCACGAAGGGCUCAGAACUCUCAGAGCUUGCAAAAGAGAGCUGGCGAUAUUUGCUUCUGAGCCUGCUGGAUCCUCGUCAUCUGUAGCUUUCACAGCCCUAUAUCUGCGGAUAGUGAAACUGCUUGCUAAGAUAUCGGUGCAUUUUCUGCCUACUGUGAACUACUUUAAUUACAGAGUGGGGGACUUGGACCUUCUGCUGGGAAAACUAGACAGGAGGCUUAGGGACAUGAGGUUCCAGUUCAUAGGUCGGUCUAAAGAAGAGGAGCUACGAGUCCUGGAGCUAGAUCUUGUUUCCUCUGUCCUUAGAUUAUCGAAAGUUGAGAUCUACCGCUGUGCCACCAGCAUGAGGAAGCUCUCUGCUGUAUUAUCACACAUAGAGCAUGUCCAUGAAGAGGCUUCCAUUGAGCUAUCAUCCUUCGUGACCGAACUGAAGAAGUUAAUGAUUAACAUCCCGUGUCACCCCCAUCUCUUUAGGAAGGUACUCGACCAUUUCUCUCUUGAGAAAUACGAGCUCUCAGGAAGAUUGGAGUGUGUAUCUGCAGAACUAGCUGUCCCUGGUAACAAUUCCGAGAACCCGCUAUACUUUGUUCGGGGAUUACCUGUUGCUAUACCAGUUGAGAUUAAUCUGAGCAAUGUAUCCAAGGAGAGCAUGCUGUGGCUGAAAAUGAUGGCAGGGGAGGAGUCGACGCGGUUCCUCUUUCUGGAUGCGAAGUUAUAUGUGGGUUCCACGAAAUUUAAUUACAGCGCUCCCUUUUACAGAACACCGAAGGCUCUGUCUUUCACCUUGAGAAUUUCGAUAGGUAUGGAGUGCAGGUGCGAACAUGCUGGGGUAGCCACGAGCGUUGGUGGCCCAAGACAUGAACUGACGUUUCUCACUCCAGAAUUAGAUGUAUAUCUGUCCUCUGCUUAGAGUUUGAAUCAUGUGUAGGCCCUCUAGACAGGUAAAUUACAGUCCUGAGAGACUACCGUGUCGUGCGGGCCAGAAGACUAUUUUGUUCUUUUAUUAAUCAUCGGAAGAAUUCGGAUCUGAUGUAUGGUCCAUGCCAUGUUCAUCUCCCCAAAGUAAAAACAUCAUCUUGGAGCUAGAUGCCUGGUAGUAUCCUUACCUAUGCUUCGGCUCCUUGCACUCUAUGCUCAGAUCCUCGCGUGAGAAUAUAUUGAUAUCAGUUCUCAAAGAUUUCUUCCUCGGCACUCGUUCCUCGGAUCUCGACAGGGUUUUGUAACCGAACUGGUGCACCAAUUUGCUUGUACAGCUUUUCAUGGUGCAUGCGCAGCUGGGAAUGCUGUUCAUCAAGCCAGCAGUUGAUUACUUACUCCUGAAGGCACCCGAAACCAAAAGUCGAACUCCAAGAAAUCUCCCCGCCAUAACUGAGAUUGUUGUUGGCAUUUCUCCAAGGUUUUUGCUUUAUCUGUUUCUUGUCUUAAAAUCGUAUUUGUAACGAGCUACAGCAAAUAAUUAUUUUCAUGGGCUGAUGAGAGACGAUGCAUCUAGUGGAUGUGUAUGCUCA